AUGUCGACGGUGCGUCGAGGUAACUAGGUAAUAUAUCUCAGAUAGGACUGAGUUAAACAAGAAGAUGAGUAUUCUGAUUUUCUGGUCACAUCAGAUCUUCCUGCAAUGACUAAUGUAACAGUUGUAGUAUUUGCAGAUAAUACAGCAUUGAUUGCAACUGACUAACAUCUAUUCAGUUCUGUUAGUAAGGUGCAGACUGCAACCAGUAACUUAUGAAAUGGCCCCAGAUGUAGAAAAUCAAAUUGAACGAAUUGAAAUCGAUCCACGUUUGCUUUACAAACCGAACAUUGACAGGUCCUGCUCAAACAGGCCUUAAAGACACCAUCAGACCAUUGGAGUCAAAUGCUCAAUAUUUAAGUAUGACCCCUGACUGACCCCGAUAGCACGAAAUAUUUAUUAAAUACUUAUUUAAUAUUUAAUAAUAUUUUUAUCUUACUUAAAUAUUUGGUUUCUUAAACAAAUCUUUAAUAAAUAUUUGUAAUAUACUAAUAUUUCUUUUAUAAUAUUCAUUAAAUAUUUACUUUUCAAUCAAUGGAAAAUAUUAAAUCUCCAAUAUUUAGAUAAUAUUCAUUAAAUAUUUUCGGCUACGUCGCAUGUGCGUGUGACCUCGAGCGACCAAUGGGAUAAUAGCAAGUCGGCCUGAGACGGCAGCCAUUUUACCUGUGACUUUCACUAUGAUAGCGUGCUUCCUGUGUAUCUCCAAGUGGUUCAUUAUUUGAGUGUUUUUUUGUGGAAAAGGGAAAAGGGUGACAAUUGAUAUGUUUUUGCCGCAGUGUACUACAACAUCAGCCUGGGUAGUCUUGAACCAUGCCAAGAUCGCGCGGAGCAAACCCAGCAAUGGCCUAAGAAAACACCACGCGACCUAGAGGACGUAAAACCUACUCAACAGCGAUUGUCGCAGGAUACCUACGGACUGUUAUACAAACUUGAAAAAUGCAAGAAACAGUACAUCGAGACCAUCUGAUUGGUACCAUGGUGUUUGUUUUGUGAGAAAAUAAUAUAAGACAUAACAGUAUGGUCCUAAGGUGGCAAAGCACAAUAUCUGCCAUUAAUCUGAGUUAGCACGUUCGCAUAUUUAACGAUUUUUUGUUAUCUAUUGCUUAAUUUUAAUAAAUAGGGUGGACGGAACUAUUAAAUACCAAAUAUGAUAAAUUCUAACUACCAUUCGAAGUAUUGUGCAGACAUUUGUCAAGUACGUUUAUAAAUUUUAUUCAAUAAAAAUAGGUAAUG